AUGCCGGGCCGCGCCGCAGCGCCUCAGCCUCAGGGGGAACGCGUCUCCUGUGGGACACCACCAAACAUCACCACCUGCCCAGCCACCCACACACCCUGCAUGCCGCGCCGCAGCGCCUCAGCCUCAGGGGGAACGCGUCUCCUGUGGGACACCACCAAACAUCACCGCCUGCCCAGCCGCCCACACUCCCUGCAUGCCGCGCCGCAGAACCUCAGCCUCAGGGGGAACGCGUCUCCUGUGGGACACCACCAAACAUCACCACCUGCCCAGCCACCCACACUCCCUGCAUGCCGCGCCGCAGCGCCUCAGCCUCAGGGGGAACGCGUCUCCUGUGGGACACCACCAAACAUCACCACCUGCCCAGCCACCCACACACCUUGCAUGCUGCGCCGCAGCGCCUCAGCCUCAGGGGGAACGCGUCUCCUGUGGGACACCACCAAACAUCACCACCUGCCCAGCCACCCACACACCUUGCAUGCUGCGCCGCAGCGCCCCACCCUCAGGGGAAACACGUCUCCUGUGGGACACCACCAAACAUCACUGCCUGCCCAGCUGCCCACACUCCCUGCAUGCCGCGCUGCUGAACCUCAGCCUCAGGGGGAACGCGUCUCCUGUGGGACACCACCAAACAUCACCACCUGCCCAGCCACCCACACUCCCUGCAUGCCGCGCCGCAGCGCCUCAGCCUCAGGGGGAACGCGUCUCCUGUGGGACACCACCAAACAUCACCACCUGCCCAGCUGCCCACACUCCCUGCAUGCCGCGCCGCGCCGCAGCGCCUCAGCCUCAGGGGGAACGCGUCUCCUGUGGGACACCACCAAACAUCACCACCUGCCCAGCCACCCACACACCCUGCAUGCCGCGCCGCAGCGCCUCAGCCUCAGGGGGAAUGCGUCUCCUGUGGGACACCACCAAACAUCACCGCCUGCCCAGCCGCCCACACUCCCUGCAUGCCGCGCCGCAGAACCUCAGCCUCAGGGGGAACGCGUCUCCUGUGGGACACCACCAAACAUCACCACCUGCCCAGCCACCCACACUCCCUGCAUGCCGCGCCGCAGCGCCUCAGCCUCAGGGGGAACGCGUCUCCUGUGGGACACCACCAAACAUCACCACCUGCCCAGCCACCCACACACCUUGCAUGCUGCGCCGCAGCGCCUCAGCCUCAGGGGGAACGCGUCUCCUGUGGGACACCACCAAACAUCACCACCUGCCCAGCCACCCACACACCUUGCAUGCUGCGCCGCAGCGCCCCACCCUCAGGGGAAACACGUCUCCUGUGGGACACCACCAAACAUCACUGCCUGCCCAGCUGCCCACACUCCCUGCAUGCCGCGCCGCAGCACCUCAGCCUCAGGGGGAACGCGUCUCCUGUGGGACACCACCAAACAUCACCACCUGCCCAGCGACCCACACACCUUGCAUGCUGCGCCGCAGCGCCCCACCCUCAGGGGAAACACGUCUCCUGUGGGACACCACCAAACAUCACCACCUGCCCAGCCACCCACACACCUUGCAUGCUGCGCCGCAGCGCCUCAGCCUCAGGGGGAACGCGUCUCCUGUGGGACACCACCAAACAUCACCACCUGCCCAGCCACCCACACACCUUGCAUGCUGCGCCGCAGCGCCCCACCCUCAGGGGAAACACGUCUCCUGUGGGACACCACCAAACAUCACUGCCUGCCCAGCUGCCCACACUCCCUGCAUGCCGCGCCGCAGCACCUCAGCCUCAGGGGGAACGCGUCUCCUGUGGGACACCACCAAACAUCACCACCUGCCCAGCGACCCACACACCUUGCAUGCUGCGCCGCAGCGCCUCAGCCUCAGGGGGAACGCGUCUCCUGUGGGACACCACCAAACAUCACCACCUGCCCAGCCACCCACACACCUUGCAUGCUGCGCCGCAGCGCCCCACCCUCAGGGGAAACACGUCUCCUGUGGGACACCACCAAACAUCACUGCCUGCCCAGCUGCCCACACUCCCUGCAUGCCGCGCCGCAGCACCUCAGCCUCAGGGGGAACGCGUCUCCUUUGGGACACCACCAAACAUCACCACCUGCCCAGCGACCCACACACCUUGCAUGCUGCGCCGCAGCGCCUCAGCCUCAGGGGGAACGCGUCUCCUGUGGGACACCACCAAACAUCACCACCUGCCCAGCCACCCACACACCUUGCAUGCUGCGCCGCAGCGCCCCACCCUCAGGGGAAACACGUCUCCUGUGGGACACCACCAAACAUCACUGCCUGCCCAGCUGCCCACACUCCCUGCAUGCCGCGCCGCAGCACCUCAGCCUCAGGGGGAACGCGUCUCCUGUGGGACACCACCAAACAUCACCACCUGCCCAGCCACCCACACACCUUGCAUGCUGCGCCGCAGCGCCUCAGCCUCAGGGGGAACGCGUCUCCUGUGGGACACCACCAAACAUCACCACCUGCCCAGCCACCCACACACCUUGCAUGCUGCGCCGCAGCGCCCCACCCUCAGGGGAAACACGUCUCCUGUGGGACACCACCAAACAUCACCGCCUGCCCAGCUGCCCACACUCCCUGCAUGCCGCGCCGCAGAACCUCAGCCUCAGGGGGAACGCGUCUCCUGUGGGACACCACCAAACAUCACCACCUGCCCAGCCACCCACACACCUUGCAUGCUGCGCCGCAGCGCCUCAGCCUCAGGGGGAACGCGUCUCCUGUGGGACACCACCAAACAUCACCACCUGCCCAGCCACCCACACACCUUGCAUGCUGCGCCGCAGCGCCCCACCCUCAGGGGAAACACGUCUCCUGUGGGACACCACCAAACAUCACUGCCUGCCCAGCUGCCCACACUUCCUGCAUGCCGCGCCGCAGCACCUCAGCCUCAGGGGGAACGCGUCUCCUGUGGGACACCACCAAACAUCACCACCUGCCCAGCGACCCACACACCUUGCAUGCUGCGCCGCAGCGCCCCACCCUCAGGGGAAACACGUCUCCUGUGGGACACCACCAAACAUCACCGCCUGCCCAGCUGCCCACACUCCCUGCAUGCCGCGCCGCGCCGCAGCGCCUCAGCCUCAGGGGGAACGCGUCUCCUGUGGGACACCACCAAACAUCACCACCUGCCCAGCCACCCACACACCUUACAUGCUGCGCCGCAGCGCCCCACCCUCAGGGGAAACACGUCUCCUGUGGGACACCACCAAACAUCACCGCCUGCCCAGCCGCCAACACUCCCUGCAUGCCGUGCCGCGCCGCAGCGCCUCAGCCUCAGGGGGAACACGUCUCCUGUGGGACACCACCAAACAUCACCACCUGCCCAGCCACCCACACACCUUGCAUGCUGCGCCGCAGCGCCCCACCCUCAGGGGAAACACGUCUCCUGUGGGACACCACCAAACAUCACCGCCUGCCCAGCCGCCCACACUCCCUGCAUGCCGCGCCGCAGCGCCUCAGCCUCAGGGGGAACGCGUCUCCUGUGGGACACCACCAAACAUCACCACCUGCCCAGCCACCCACGCAUGCUGCGCCGCAGCGCCCCACCCUCAGGGGAAACACGUCUCCUGUGGGACACCACCAAACAUCACCGCCUGCCCAGCCGCCCACACUCCCUGCAUGCCGCGCCGCAGCGACUCAGCCUCAGGGGGAACGCGUCUCCUGUGGGACACCACCAAACAUCACCACCUGCCCAGCCACCCACACACCUUGCAUGCUGCGCCGCAGCGCCUCACCCUCAGGGGAAACACGUCUCCUGUGGGACACCACCAAACAUCACCACCUGCCCAGCCACCACCCUCACACCUGCUGCACUGCGCUGGAGAGCCUCAGCACCAGGGCGAACACGCCUCCUGUGGGGUCAGUAAAGACGCGUCUAGAGAUAUCGAAGCACAGAGGGACACGGUGGGAAGCCGGCAGGAAGAGAAGAGGCGAAGCGAGGCACUCACCUGCGCGUGUCACAUGCCGCGGCCGCCGCUGCACCUCUGA